AUGCCAACCGAGUCUUCCUCGAUGACCCCGGCGUCUACCUCAGAGAAACCCCACCGCCGACUCGUUGCGUCCACACCGGUGCCACCGUCAAACCAGUUGGCUGACAGCACGAUGUCGAUCAUAGAUCUUUCUCCGGAAGCCCUGCGAAGAUCAUCCAUAGUGGCAGAGGCGGUCACCAGCCGUGUGGAAACGGCGAGUGCCAUGUCGACCAGCAAGCCACGCUCUGCUUACGCUAACGGGGAGUGUGUUGCGCCGUCUUCUCUUGGCACACCGUCUCGCGCCAUGGUGGCCUCGCACGUCCCAGCACUCGUGGUCGAGCACCUGAACACUUCUGCGCCGCAGCGUGGUACCAGCAAAGAAUUCUCCCCAGGGACGCAGUCGCCUCUCAAGAACAAAGCAGCGGCGCCUACCUACAAGGCUGCAUCCCGUACAGUAGCCCACGUUGGGGCGUCGACUGUGCGUCGUAUCCCAGUGACCUCCAACCCCAUCAUGCCUCGUGGCACUUAUCGCUCACCGUGCAUGCUACCUUCGCCAGAUGCCGCUGAAAGAGGCAGCCGCCCUCAACACAACGGCACCUCACCGCCACUUCCAAGCUCUGUUGCCGUAUCUGUGCCGUGCGCCCUCUACGACUUGCAUCACGCGCUCCAGCACCGCCUUGUCGAGGACCUCGGGUGGUCCCUCUACUGGUACCUGGACACGGAGACGGAGAUCAAACAGGUGGAACUUGGACAGGAGACCAAGAACCCCUCUUUCAGAGAGAAAGUCAAGGCAACCACAGCCGCAGCGGAGAGAAAGACAAAAGAAGCAGUGAGGGACGGUGGAAAUCCAGGAUCAGCGGUUGUGACUCCUCAUGUAAGCCACAAAGCGGACCGGCAGGGGAGCUUUACAUCAAGAGAUGUACUGAAUAACAGCACCUCUUCUGCCGUGACCGCAUGCUACAGCGACCCCAACACCCCUCAGUACCACCCUCGCCUCGACGCCAAUGGUCGAGAGCUGCCCUUCUCGGUGCAGGAGUCGAGGUUUGGCGUCAUCACCAACCACCUCGACUGCUACAUCUGCCAUGAUCUGUCCGCUGCAGCUCUCUCUGCUGCAUCGCAGCUACACCACUCGAAGCUAAGCCGGAGCCCCUUCGAGUACCGUCUAGCGUCCCUGCAGCGGUGGCUGCGCAAGCGCGGUAUUGAAUCCGCCAGAGAUAAACUUCUUACCUCCUGUCUGUCACUAGAAACGCAGCGCUACCUGGCCUACCUCGGCUUAGCAGACUGCUGGACAUCGCUCUUUGUCACUGCAGGACUCCCAGUGGUCACGUCAGUGGCGGCCAGCUCUCCAAUGUCACCAUGCACAACAUCUCCGUGCCUACCGACGACGCUCUCUAGAGCAGCAUCGCGCUUCGACCGCAUACCGCUCAGCUUCCACGUGUUCCCGGCAUUGUGUCGCUGGAAGUGUCUGACGCCGCUCCGCCGUGAUAGGAUUCUGCGCAAGAGCGUGAUGCACCCCUUUCCGCUAUCGGAGGCAUUCUCACAGGAUUAUAGCUGCGCGCCUUCGGCGCAGCUGCAAAGCGGUGUUGAAGCAAGUGAAGUGCAGGCAGCGGCAAUAGAGAUGUCAUCCUCGCUGCCUCCGCUGACCUUCUUCACCAUACAACAGAGGUCUCUCCUGCCAGGGCGACGACGUUCGUCUAUCUCCUGCAGCCAAGUGGCUUCUCUCGGCGAAUCCUGCGCGUGUGACGUCUACCUUGUCGCAGCAACAGGAAUGGGCACCGAAGACGGUGCAGAGACCGUGGAAGCCAUCGCAUCGGUGUGGGGCUAUGUAAAGAGGGAGGUCGUCGAUAGCCGUACCCCUUCUCUGGUCUCCUCCCCGGCGGCGGCGGCACAACAGGGCGGCGGCGGCACCAAAAAAAAGACAACGACAACGACCUCCGCCAAGUCGCCUUCCGGGGAGCUCUUCUACAUCGCCAGCAGCGUUGAGAACUACCUUCGACUGGGCUUGGUGUUCGGGUGGAUUUAUGGGUGGCAGAUGUGCUUCUCGUCAACCGGGCCACCGCCAAACUCGGUGCUGUGGCUUCGCUUGGUGAACAGCUCUGCCUACGAGGCAGCACGCGCGACAAGCAAAGGCGCGUCACCGUAG